CACAAGAUGACUGUCAGCGGACAUGUUAAGUAGGACAUUCCGUAAGACCCGGAAGCGCUCGCUGCCGUAAUUCUGCUCCAGUCGGAAACAUGGCGCUGAAUGGGAUGCUUGGUUUGUUCCUCCUCACUGUGGCACUUGGUGCCCAGGCACUGACUCCCUCUCAUCACCUAUCUGCUGCGGAUGUGGCCAGACUGAAAUCCUUCUUGAACCAGCCUUAUACGGAGCUUGAAUCUGCAUACUACACCAUUGUAGGGUUGAGCAAGUUGGGUGCCUCAGUGUCUGAUGAAAAAGCUGCCUGCCAGUUCUUGAAGUCUCACUUAGAUCUUUCAAGUAUUGAUUCACUCUUCUUUGCUGCGGAGGCCAGCCAAGCACUUUCAGGAUGUGAGAUACCAGUAUCCAAUGAGACUCGUGAUCUCCUGCUGGCCGCAGUCAGUGAGGACUCCACUGUCACACAGAUCCACCGUUCUGUCAGUGCACUCAGUUCACUGGGACUUCCUGUGGCCUCACAGGAAGUAGUCAGUGCUCUUGUGGCUCGUAUCACCAAAGAAGACAAUGUCUUGGCGAUCAUCCAGGUUCUUCAGACUGCCUCUCGGCUCUCACAGCAAGCAGAGAUGGGUGGGAUCUUGGAGGAGAUCGAGGACUUGGCUGCGAGGCUGGAUGACUUGGGUGGAGUUUACCUGCAGUUUGAAGAGGGGCUUGAGGCCACUGCUCUGUUCGUGACUGCAGCCUACGCCUUGUCUGAUCACGUGGACAUGGAACCCCCCCUAAAAGAGGAUCAGGUAAUCCAGCUUGUGAGCUCCAUCUUCAGUAAGAAGUCCUGGGACUCGCUGUCGGAGGCCUUUAGUGUCGCCAGUGCAGCGGCCGCCUUCUCCAGCAAUCGCUUCCAUAUCCCCGUGAUGGUCAGCUCCCAGGGCCCAGCUACAGUGUCCCACCGACAGCCCGUCCUGCAGCUUCAGAUCACAGAUGUCCUAUCACAGCCUCUGAACUCGGUCAGUGUGCAGUUGGAUUCCGCACAUGCCUUGGCCUCAAAAAGUGUGGUUUUGAGCCAGGAGCCUUUCACCCAGAGAGAUGGCAUUUUUGAGCUGAAUUUUAUGGCCAGUCAACCUGCCAGUGGUUACUACCAGUUCUCUGUGACUGUGACUGGGGACAGUCGCUUGGUGGCCAACCAUGUGGAACUUAAAGUGAAAGUGUCCACUGAAGUGUCCAUCACUAAUAUGGAUCUGUCUGUAGUGGACAAGGAUCAGAGCAUCGGCACCAAGACAACCAGGGUGGAGUAUCCCUCCAAAGCCAAGACCUCCUUUACAGCCGACAGCCACCAGAACUUUGCCAUGUCCUUCCAGUUGGUUGACGUCAACUCAGGUGGAGAGCUCACACCUCACCAGACCUUUGUGAGGCUACAUAAUCAGAAAACUGGUCAGGAGGUGGUAUUUGUGGCCGAGCCAGACAAUAAAAAUGUGUACAAGUUUGAGCUGGACACGGCGGAGAGGAAGUCUGAGUUUGACUCCAUUUCGGGCACCUAUGCUCUCUACCUCAUUGUGGGUGAUGCCACGCUGGAGAACCCCGUUCUCUGGAACGUGGCUGAUGUUGUGCUGAAGUUUCUGGAUGAAGAGGCUCCGUCUGUGAUCCAGUCCAAAACACUCUAUGUACCCAAGCCUGAGAUCAAGCAUUUGUUUCGGGAGCCGGAGAAGAAGCCCCCCACUGUAGUGUCCAGCACAUUCACAGCCCUGGUCCUCUCUCCGUUACUCCUGCUGCUCAUCCUGUGGGUGAGGCUUGGAGCAAAUAUCUCCAACUUCAGCUUCUCUCCCAGCUCUGUGUUGUUCCAUCUGGGCCAUGCAGCCAUGCUGGGCCUGAUGUACAUAUACUGGACCCACCUCGACAUGUUCCAGACGCUGAAGUACUUGGCCAUCAGCGGCAGCUUCACAUUCCUGGUUGGCAACCGCAUGCUGGCCCAGAAAGCCGUCAAGAGGAUUGCUGCAGAGCAAAGUAGUAGGUUGGCAAAAUAUAGGAGUCUGCGGUAAAGAUGCCGUUUCUAAUAAAGUGCAGCCCCGCCGCAGCCUGAAACUUGGAAGCAAAUGAUGACAAAGCCUGGGAAUCCUGUCAUUUUUACUUCUCCAUAUUUGGACAAAUAUGUGCUUCUGGCGAGUUGCCAUUAAGCUUUCUCUCCAAAUUCGAUCCCAUUUUUUUGUUUUGGAUGAUCAAGCUGUUGGUGUUAAAGAAAUUUGGAUUUAGCUUCUGUUGGAAAAUUGUGUAUAAAUGCAGUCUAGUGUAAAGCAAUGCUCUGUUAUGAAUGCAUUUUAUCUGGCGGUGACUUAACCACUUAGGAGGAGGAACAUUCAAUCUGUUUAUGACCUAGACUUGUACUUUUUUUUUUUUUAAUGAGCCGUAAAAGAUUUUUAUGUAUUUAAGAUACAGAUAUGAGAGGGUGUUCGGCUGGGUUUUAUCAUUUGUACAUUCCUGGUUUUGUACAUCGUUUGUUCCCGCUCUGCAUGUUGCCUCAGCACUCUGCUGUGUCGGCAGUUUAGACGUGCUUUGUUGGUCGGUUUGUGUUUGUGUGUAUGAAGCAGGACGUAUCUCAGCCACAUGUGUGCAAUGUCAGUCAUCCUCUAUCCUCCCCCUGCUGUGAAGGCCGCCAUCAGACUGUCCACAAAAGAUUAUUCAACACCUGGGUUUUUUUUUUUUUUGUAAUUAAAGGGGAUAAAUGAAA